CGUCAUAACCGGAAACUUUUUAUAGUGUGCAAUAGUAUAUUAUUUUUAUCAUCUUACCUAUUGAUAUAAUAAUAUAUAUUAUAUCACACCUGCACAGCAAGUUAUAACGUCGUCGGCAGAUUGUAAGUGACGAUCCGGUUAAAAUAUAUUAGUCGUAAAUCGUAAUACACUAACGACUGUACGUGAUCGUCAAUAGUAAACUAUUAUGGAUAAGCGUAAUGUGGAUGACGUGAUGAACGCAUCAGACCUCAAACAACCGCUGAAAACAACCAUAAGCAUGCCGAUACUCGGUCAGAAGAGUGCAAAGAACGACGAAAUCCGGCGUGAGAAGCGUCAGCUGAUGGUCAAUACGGAUAAGGUAACUAUACUUCCGGACAGCGGGGAUGACGACGAUCUACCGAGGACUCCAUUGACCAAGUCGAUAAGCUGCUACGUACAACAGACAGGUGGACAGCUGGCGACCAAUAAACUACCUCAAGCCAAAGAUAAAUAAAACUUGUGAAGGCGACGCAUCAAUGCUAAUGAUAUUAAAAU